AGUUUUUGAACAACAGAACUCUAUUAAAAAUCCAGUUGUUUUCAAAUUUCUGUCAGAGGCUCAAAAAAAAUAAAACAAAUCUUCGAUUAAUUUUGAAAUCCCGAUAGGUCGACGUCGGCGUUUUGCAACACUUGCGCCGCGGAAGCACAACAAAAGAAUUUUGCAACACCAGAACUUUUCUGCUCUAUAAUUACAUUCCUCAACUAAAAAUAAAGUUGUAAACAGCGAUAUACUAACUAAAAAUAGUGCAAACAUGAGCUCGGCUCGUUUUGCGCGUUCCGGACGCGUCCGGAUCUGCAUUCUGAUGAGCAUGUUCAUCGUGCUCAUCAUGAUGAUAGUCAUCUACCAAAUGUCCCAGCACCAAUUGGACGAGAGCCGCGCCUUCCAGGAAGGUCUGAACGUCCAAAUGCAAUCUCUCACCGCCGAUAAGGUGACUGCGGAGAAGCGGAUGAGUUUGUUGCGCACCGAGAAGAUGAGUCUGCAGGAGAAGUACGAGGGCCAGCUGGCGGAGGCUGUUCAGAAGCAGCAGGAGAUAGAGCGCGCCCUGCAGGAGAAGUUUGACGCACAACUUGAGAAGUACAAGCUGCUGGAGGGCAAGUACUCGGACCUAGAGGCGGAGUGUCUUAAGAGCAAGAAGAAACACAUCGAGGACACCAACGCCUUUGAUCAGAAGCUGCAAAAGCUGCUGGCCGAUGUGCACAAAGACAAGGCCAGCAAGGAACAGGAAGUGUCGGCCUGGAAGGAUAAGCUGGAAAAGCUACAUCGAGACUCAGAGCACAAGAUACACGCCCUGGAGGCCACCAUCUCAGAGUUCAAGGCGAACUGCCAGUAUGUGCCCAAGGUGCAGCCAGCAGAGGCUCCGGCCCACGGCCACCAGCAGCAGCUUAACAAGCCGGGAGACCUCACACCCACAACAAGAAACUCCAGUCCAGCCCAACUGGCUCAUAGCAUCGAGAAGCCUCGCAACGAGAAGUCCUUCGAUGCCCAAGUGCAAGUGAGUGACGGCGUCUACAGGAUCGGCGGCGGGGUAAAUCUAACAACUAACCCAAAACAAAACCAAACUUACUCAACUACUAACACUACGAUUAAGAGCAAUGGUGGCGGGGCCAAGGAUAAGGCGCAACGGCCGGAGCAAGAGCCACUGCUCACCUUUGCCGUUCGCAACAACCACAGCUUGAUAAUAAACUCUGUUGAAAACUUUCAGAUUGUGCCUGAGAAGCAGCAGCAGGAGGAACCGCAGCUUUCCGGCGGUCCAAUUUCCCCUCUGAGCGCUCCCCGCAAGAGCAGCACUCAGUCGUCGGCCGGCGAACUGGCCGUCAAAAGCGCUGGCGAGGCUCCGAAUGCCUCCGUGGCCCCCAAGGUGAGCAGCAGCGGCUUGCCGCCGCUUGCCAAGCCUCCGGCUAAGGCGGAGCGCAAACUGCCUGAAAACGUAGCCCCCAUUCCCGAAAACUUCUAUGAAAACAAAAUGGACGGCAAGGGCGAUGCCGGCGACAUAGACACCGCUGCCGAGGAGCUACCAAAGAACGAGAACAAUAUCCGCUAUGCAAAUGCUGUAAAUGAUCUAGAGAACACCAAGAAUCUAGGUGUUGCGCCCAAGCCUAACGAGGACUCUGGCGCCCACGAGGUCAAGGAUGCCUUGAACGAGCCCAGCUUCAAUUUACCAGCAGCCGGAGGUCAAAACUUCUUUGAUGGGGAUUUGCCAGCACCGGGUCCCGGACCCGUGCCCGAUGAGCCGGCUAAACAGAUGGCUGAGGCAGUUGGCGCUGUCGGCGGUGGCGAGGGCGACGACGAUGAUGAUGUCGGCGAUGUGGCCGUGAAGCAGCCGCAACAUCUGCUCGACACUGACAAUCUGAACAACGAGAUCGUAGCUGAUCAAGGUAAGGAGUUUGCCGAGGGAGGCAUCCAUCUAGAAGAUGGCCUUGAUGAGGAUCAAGAUGAGGAUGACUACUCCAAUGUAGCGGCGCGCAAGAAGGGAGGCGAGGCGAUUAGACAUUAGGAGAAAUUCGUUUAACAUCUACCGGCAAGUGUGCAAAAGAAUAGAAACCCAACUCCUCCCCUUUAGGCUAAAAACGUGCUCGCGCAAGCAUAGAAUUCAUGGAUCUGAAUACAAAACUUAAUUGAAUAUGUACUAUAAUGGGAGAAUAUACAACCAGGUCUAUAUGGGUGUGAGCACGCCCUAAUUAGUUAA